AUGCCCACCACGGCUCAGACAACUGUUGUAUGUGCUUGGCAUGCAUGGGGUAGCUGUAGUGCGACCUGUGGUCCACAUGGUAUCCGCGCACGUUAUUGUGUGAUUGGUAAUGUUAUCAUGGACACUGAGGAAGAAACAUGCAAUCGUAACUGUCAUAAUGGUGGUCAACUUACAGCUCAGUAUUGUAUAUGUCCAUUACACUACCAUGGCACGUGUUGUGAACUACAUUCAUCAACUGAUACAUCCCUAGUUAUUUCUAGUACUGAUGAAAUACUAUUUACCUGUGGUGUUACAUUUAUACACUCCUCGGAUACAUGGAAUCUGGAAUUUGAAUGGUUUGCUGAAAACACUACUAUUUUUACUGAGAACAUUGCUAAUGGUGCAGUACAGUCUGUUCUAACAGAAGACAAAUGGAUAGGAAAAAUGGGGUCUUCCAUCAAGUGUUCAGUUAAGAUAACUGAUGGUGGUAUAUAUCUAGGAGAGUUGAUAAGUAAUCCUUACUUUGCAGGCAUAAUAAUUCACGCACCGUCAGUUAUAGAACUCUAUGAAAACGAUGGAGAGGUGUCAUUUCAAAUGGAAUCUACCGUGCCCUUCGUGUGUAGGAGUGGAACUGUACCUUCAUAUUACCCUUGCCAGAUGAAAGUUCAAGCCAGUAUAUCUGACCGCAACAGUUGGAAUACGCCUUUCAAAGAAGAUGUGGUUGCUAGAGAUGAGUGUGGUACCACUUUCACGCCUGGAAACUCCAUGGGUAUGCAUAUGGUAUACUUAAAAGCUAAAAGAGACUUCUUUAAUGAUGGUGAUUGGUCGACUUCGGUUGAGUUUCCAAGCAUCAAAACACCAUACUCCAGAGUUUGGAACAACUACAAGAUACCAGAUGUUGUGCAGAUCCAUCUCCCAACCGGGGCGUACGUAGAGGUUUACACAUAUCAAUACUCGUCCUACAUCAAUAUAUGUUUCUCCCCUGCUGCGGACGACUACGGUUGGAUUGGCGGUGGUCUCUGUGGAAGUUAUGACAAUGAUGACGAGUACCCUACGGACAGAAUUUGUUUUAUGGCCAACUUAGUUACGUGGCAAUACAAAACCCUGUCAACGUGUACUGUACGUGCAGUCGCAACUAUUACUAUUAUUGGUACAGCGACAGUGUCAAUGAACAGUGCGACUAUGGCAAAGACAUCAGCAGAACAUAUCUUGCCUUAUCCGGGUUAUCCUUGGUGGUGGUCGUGCGAUUCGUACUGGUGCGAUUUAACCUAUACAUACUAUGGAAUAUCUCGGUACAAAAGAGAUGCUUCUGAAGCCGGAUCUAACUCAACUGCUAAUGAUUUCGUGUUCACGUAUGACGAAGAUUAUGUAUUCGAGGAGCCAUCGUGGCCGACAGCCAGUGGUAUUACAGAGCAACAGGCGAAUGAAUAUUGCGAAACGCAAAUCCUGAACUCAACAACUGGUCAACAAUGCAGUUCUGUGCUAGACUACAAAGAUAUCGAAGAUACCAUUGAUGGCUGUGUCACUGACGUACAGGUUCUGGACGACUUUGUCCAAGGAUCCGCGUCUGCGUUAUCUUCAAUCCAAUCACAGUGUAUUGAGGUUGCUAGUAGAAACAAGACAUUUUGGGACGCGGCCGAAAGCAAUAACAGCACAAAUGCCACAUUUGCACAGCCAGCGACCGUCAUUGGGGUAUUGUGUCCGGGUGACUGCAACGGCAGGGGAGUGUGUCUUCUUGGUCAGUGCAACUGCACGCUGGGAUACGCUGGAAGUGAUUGUGCCAUCGAUCUGAACCAGGCACCGGAAGUAUGGUUCCCUUAUGAGAGUGGCUUGUGCAAUACAGAAGAUGGAUGUCCUUCCAAUGUUCCCAUAUAUGGCAAUAAUUUUGUGGAAUCAGAUGAUUUGACUUGUCACGUGUUACCGGUGAAGAUAACAGAAGAAGGGUUCACUAUUCCCGAAAACACCAGCGAGGCGCAUGCUGGGACAUUUCAGAACUACGGGGAGGUAGAGUGUCCACAUCCGGGUACUUUUCGCGAGAAACGCGACAUCAAUGGUACCGGUUCAAAUAAGCCUGCUGAUCCUGUAGGAGGCCUUUACUCGGUCAGCAAUGAUGGGGUUCGUGAGAGUGUCCAGAUUCUUGUGAUAUCAUAUAAUGGCAACUGUGAUGUGUGUAACAGUACAGAAGGAUCGUGUUAUAGAAAGACUGAUAUCUGCAUAUUUAAUGGAGAUUGUCACAACGCCGAUAGUGACGUAUGUUUGAAAGACAUCGCUAAAAGGAACAACACUGGUGUGAUCGUCGGUGCUGUGGUUGGAUGUGUGGCUGUCAUCGCAAUCAUCGUCAGUGGCAUCGUCCUUUACGUGAAGAAGAUCGUGAAGAAAAGAGUUCACUCUACAAUUGAAUCUUCUGCCACUCUCACAAGCGGCAAGAGCGGCAAAGCAAGUACCUUAGAUGUUGAUACAACUACUACUGAUAAACAGUCAAGGGCAUUGAUGCCACCGGUUGAAACUUAUAAAAGUACCUCAUAAUGCACAUGUUCUACUUCACGAGAAAUGGAAUCUAUCAAUAGUACAUCCCCGGCAACAUGCCUGGUCUCUCUAUCUCGAAUUGUGCAAUUGCAGUUCAAUUUGAAAUUCGCGACCUGAAAACAUCCGACAAUACGGCCUUGCAGGGUGCCAUUUGUAUCUAAAAGUGCUGAGAACUCGCAAGGGGAACAUAUUACAUAAAUACGUGACAGUUGUUUUCCGGUACCGGUUGUCAUGGUAUUGACAUGGUCACGCGUGAAUUUCUAAGCAAUUAGCUGAAAACGUCCACUGAGGUGUCGUAAAUUACCUGGGGGUUGUCAGUCGAACUCCGUCUGUGAAUUAUAGAGGAUAGGUAAAUUUAAGA